GGUAAUCUGGCUUAGAAUAAAUAGAAAAGUUUGAGCUGUCGGUCGACAUUUACUGAUGUUAGAGUAUCGAACCCGGUCAUAACCAUGGCGGGCAAGCGUCAUGCAGCAGGAUUGAUUACAUUCUUCUUAACCACGUGUUCAUUCGCCGUCAUUGAAGUGACCGGAUUCGUGGAGGAGAUCCCGAUGCCAAGAGAAUUGGAGGAAUGUUACAAAUUCCGAACCCAGAACAUCAGCAUAAUGGAUUUACCGUCUGAGGACAUUAACAUGUUUUGUAUCAACCAAUUUCUCUACUCCACAACAUAUCUUCGUCCUCAGCGCACGAUAGCCAAUGAAUCUAUACUUUACGCGCAGGAACUUAUGCGACAGGUACUCGGAGAAUAUCACGAGUACCAAAGUGUAAGUAGACGCUACAAACGACAGGUACAGGGCCUUCCUUUAAUAGGAGUACCACAGGGAAUAGGACAAGGUUCAGUAGCUAUACCAGGGUCGGUACUUUUGCCAACAUUAGGACUCGAACAGGGAAUAGGACGGAUACCAGGAUUAGGACGCGGACAAGGAAUAGGACGGAUACCAGGAGUAGGAAGCGGACCAGGCGUUCGUCCAAGAGGUCGACGAUUGAUACGGCGUGAAGUUCGAACACUUAGUCGGAGAGAAUGGGUCGAUUUUGUGAACAGAAUCAAUCAACUGAAGAGAACACCGGUGGGACCAACAAACCAGUAUGACGCGCUAGCAGACAUCCACAGAAUGGUUGUUACUCAAGCUCACAAUGGCCCAAACUUCCUCGGAUGGCACAGCGUGUACCUAUCUCUGCUUGAGCAAGCUAUUGGAAUGGCAGUUCCAUAUUGGGAUAGUCGCAUUGACUUUUACAUGCGUAAUCCUGUAGAAUCCAUAUUAUGGACAGAUGCAUUCUUCGGGCCGGGUUAUGGUGAAAUAAGGUCAGGACCUUUUGCGAAUUGGGUAACGCCAACGGGCACCCCUCUUAUCCGUAACAUAGGAAGCACCGGUUCGUUGAUUUCAGAAGCGAUGGUCAGAAACGUCUUGUCCCAAGUUGAUAUAAAUGCUGUUACCGAACCCAGUGCAGGGCCCUUCACAAUUGAACGUAUUCACAAUGGGCCUCAUGUUUGGGUUGAUGGUCAGUUUUCCGCCCCGCUGACAGCCUCUUAUGAUCCGAUUUUUUUUCUUCAUCACUCAUUCAGCGAUUAUGUAUGGCGUCUAUUUCGACGGAGACAGAGGGCAGCGGGAAUAAACCCCGCUUUGGCAUACCCAAGAUCACUAGACCCAAAUCAGGCUCCAGGAGCCCGGAUGGUUCCAUUUAAUUACCGUUGUAUUGAUGGCUACUCAGAAUAUUUCGAGAGAAGAGUCAUCUACGCUCCACCGCCUAGAUGUCCUUACUGUGGCACACAUGCAGUAUGUAGAGGGGGAAGAUGCGUAUCAAGAAGAGGAGCAAGGCCAAGAAUACCAAGGCGACCGGGUUUGUUGGGAUCAUUGUUCAGUUCCCCAACUUCCCCAACUUCCAACUCAGCUGCUUCUUCUUUUGGCCCGAAAUUCCAAUCUGAUUUCCAGGAUCCCAGAAAUAACCGUGCAAAAAGGCAUGCAAUAUCAGCUCUCAAUGAACAGGUUCUUAAUAAUGAUACAACUCUGAUUAAUAGACCGUAUCAGAAUACAUUUGAAUUAAAUGGAGUAAGUAACAUUGAUCUUUGGGCGUUUGUGCCAGUAAAGAUAAUCUUCGAGAGACCUCCGCAAUUGCAUUUCGAUUCAUAUCCUAUCAAGAACGGUAGUGUUUCAAGAGCGUAUGACAUGUUCACACCAUCAAAAGUUGAAAAUGUAAAUGAAAACAACAAGCGUCAGGCAACAUAUAGGGAUUGUCACAUUUCCGGUUCCGGUGCUGCAAAGGUUUAUGUCCAGACAGACGGUAUCGACUAUUCUGGAAGGUACAAAGAUUACGCUAUAGUGGAUGAGCGACAGGCGAUAUCUUCCACCAUGACAUAUAUAGGAGUCAAGAGUCCAAAAGAUGGAGCUGCUCAGUUUUACAUGAGCGCGUAUGACACUUGUGGCCGUGUGUGUCGCCCACAGUGCCUAAGUGAUAAAGGUUACAAACCAUGCUCUGGCGCUUUCAGGGUGACGUCAUCAUUUCCUAAGAUGUAUGGCCUGUCUUAUGAAGAUGCUAUCAAAAGAAAUUGGAAGAAAGAUGGAAGAUUAACAACAGAACCAAACAAAGCUGAAAUUCCCGUCAUAUUUCUUUGUGAUGUUCAACCAACUUGGCCAUGGAGUUAAUGACUUUUCAACCAACUUGGCCAUGGAGUUAAUAACUUGCAUUGCUCAUAUCCAGUGUAUGUGGUAUUUAUUUCAAUUACGAAUUUUUGAUUUUACAUUUUUUUGUUAGUCAUCUGUUUUAAUCUGUUAUGAAAUAUAGCAAAUACUGGUGAAAUGCA